CAGACUGUAGGAACUGUUCCACUUGGUGUGUCAAUAACUCGAAAAAAAGACGAUGAAGCAUCAGUUGGAAGUGCACCUUUGGCAAGGCAGCAAUCGAAUCAAGCCUCUGAGUAUGCCAGCAGUCCUAUCAAAACAAAAACAGUAACAGAAUCUCGUCCUUUGUCGCUUCCUGUGAAAACCAUGCUGAACUCAUCUGAAAGCUGCAGAAGUCCUGAAGAAAGAAUGAAGGAAUUUAUUGGAAUAGUGUGGAAUGCAGUUAAGCGCCUUACACUUCAGCUUCAAGUGCAAUCUUGUUGUGUAUUCCUUCCAAAUGAUAGUCUGCCUUCCCCAAGUACUAUUGUAUCGGGUGACAUUCCUGGGACUGUACGAAGCUGGUACCAUGGGCAGGCCAGUAUGCCUGGCACACUUGUAAUCUGCUUGCCCCAGAUAAAGAUUAUGAGUGCUGGACACAAACACAUGGAACCAUUGCAGGAAAUCCCUUUUGUUGUGCUGAGACCCAUCCUGGAAGAAG